AGUCACGUGAUCUCCAUGUUUAAAACGCACACACAAAAAUGAUUUGGUCACUGCUCCUUGAUUGCCUCACUGAAACGACAAGAUGAAGUUUUUGGAUCUUUUUGGACGAUUAAAGUCUGUGGUUAUUGGAAUGAUCCAUGUCAAAGCAUUACCAGGCACCCCCCUGGGUUGUAUGAAAAUAUCACAGAUCGUUGAGGAGGCAUGCAGGGAGGCAUCAAUCUACCGUGAUGCAGGGAUUGAUGGUCUGAUCAUCGAGAACAUGCACGACAUCCCUUACUCAUUCUCUGUGGGCCCUGAGGUGUGUGCCUGUAUGACAGCCAUGUGCACUGCUGUGAGAAGCGUCUGUCCAAGCCUGCCGCUCGGAGUCCAAAUACUGUCUUCUGCUAACCAGCAGGCAAUGGCCGUAGCUCUGGCUUCAGGUAUGGAUUUCAUCAGGGCGGAGGGUUUUGUCUUUUCUCACGUGGCGGAUGAGGGCCUCUUGAAUGCUUGUGCCGGAGAGUUAUUGAGGUAUCGCAAACAGGUCGGCGCUGAGCAUGUGCAGAUCUUCACUGACAUCAAAAAGAAGCACAGCGCCCAUGCCCUGACAUCAGACGUGAGCAUUGAGGAGACGGCCCGUGCUGCAGAGUUCUUCCUCUCUGAUGGACUCGUCAUCACAGGAGCAUCCACUGGUGUAGAGGCUGACCCGUGUGAGCUCAAAGAGGUUUCCCAGGCUGUGAGAAUUCCAGUGCUGAUUGGUUCUGGAGUGACCUAUGACAACAUGGAGCGCUAUCUUGAUGCAAAUGGAAUAAUCAUUGGUUCUCAUUUCAAGGAGGGUGGCCACUGGGCCAAUGCAGUCCACCCAGAGCAGGUGAAAAGGUUCAUGGGAAAGAUUCGUCGCCUUCGAAAUUGACUGGUCCUAUUAAAAAUGCUCAAUUGUACCUUAAAGUCUUACAAAGUAUUCACUUUACCUCAAAAAGACAUCAGACAAGUGUAAAUCUUGACUGCUGUAGAAGGUAACAUUAGUUAUGAAGCUCAGUGAAUCAUAAAGCACAAGGGUCAGGUUUCUUUAUCCAGGUCACAUCAAUUAAUUAAUUAUAUCAUUAGGUGUUGUUUAAUGCAGCUUGAAUAUACUGACAAGAAUGCCACAUGAAUGUCAAUGACUGACUGUUUUCAAUGAUAUUCUUUUUAGAAAUACAUGAACAAUCAUGAAUUUGUUUUUUUCAUUUUUACUGUCAUAUUAAACAGAAACCAGCUUAAGAAAACAAGA